UCUUGGAAGAAAAUGACCACAAAGGUGGUUUAUUUCACGGUGGGUGGAAAGCCCGAACAGGCUGAGUUCUCGUCGGAUUUUCCAGUUGAUGAAAUCAAAGGUGGGCUUUCGUUUUGUUUAUGUAAGCACUUAGAUCGUAUUCUAUUGAGUUGACCCAGCUUUGCUUCACUGAAAAGAUUUAGCGGUUGUUUUACCGGCAGUGUGGGUCUCAGGAAAUGUUCUUUUGCUGUGGGCAAUAAUAUAAUAUUUACACUACAAGCCUCUGUACUGUCUGUGUGCAUCCACUUCACAAUCUUUCAUGUAUAAGAUAUGGUAUCUUCGUUCGAGUAUUUGCGAUUUAUUUGCCUGUUGGUUCUUUUACAGAGUUGUUUCGCUGCGCGGCCGAAGCCGGGCCAUAUGACAUUCUAAAACUCUACAACACGAAAGGAAAUAUUGUAAACAUCUCUCCGACUAUUCAAGAAAACACGCCAGAAACAAGAUAUCAAUUGGAAGUUGUCGCUGCGAAUUGUGCAAGCUGUGGGUUUUGUGGUAAUUUUGAUCUUGUCUUUUUUUAAAUUACGAAUAAAAAUCUCUGUAGGUUAGUGACGUAAUUGCUGGGUCAUUAUCCAGUUUUUAUUUCCCGCUGUUUUGGCUAUAGAUCUCGAAUACUUCUUGUUGUUUUGUUUUUAUUGAGGUAUAAACAACUUAGCUAUGAUUUCUCACCUUCUGUAACGAACCAUGUAGGGCUAUAAUUGCUGGAAACUUUGUUUGGAAAUAGUACUAUAGCUUGAAAAAAUAUCUGUCAUUCUUAAUAUUACAAGCAUGUCUCACUUUCUAGUGAUAUUGAGUGAUUGAUAUAAUAAUGCCAUCUGCCGGUACCAAAACUGAAGAAGAAGACGAAAGCAGUUCAAUACGCAGUUAUUAUUUGUGCGCGAUUGUUUAUCUCAAGUGGAAUCUUUUCUCAAGCUUACGUGCAUGUGUGAGGAAAGUUGAAGUUGUGAGGAAUUAAAAAAUAUUGCUCCCAAAGGUCGGCUCUUCAUUCAUUAUAUAAUUAAGCUUAUAGACUUCCCAUUUAUUUAAUUUUGGCGAUAAAAAACACAGGUGUCCAUUGUCAAAUAUUCCAUAGCAGAUUUGUGUUGGCCUAAAUUCGACCUUGAUACGUGUAGAUGGAAGCACUCCACUGAAAGGCGUUCGUUUCAUCGACUGAUAAGAUUAAUUGAAAAAAUGUAAAUAAACAGAAAAGCAAUGUUCGAGUGAGAAAUUUCAAAGAACACCGCGGCUAAUAUCUGUCAGAUCAAGUCUCGUGAUAAUUACACAUACGAUAUAUUUUACUUCAAUAUUUAAUUCCUGAAAUGUAUCAUGCAGAUGUAAUCCUAUUCGGAAGAAUGGUGCAGCGUUCGGGAAAGAAUUCUUAUAAUGAAUGAGUGUGCACUAAUGAUGCCAAUUUUCAAUAGUUCGACUUAGAUUCUAAUUUAACGUCGUUUUUCAUUCAGUUGACCAAGCUUUGAGAAUUUGCAUGUCAUUUCUCGCCAAAAUUGUUCCAGGUAUAAUUGAUUAGAGCAUGCUAUAAAAGCUUUGUUGCCUGGGAAACAAAUUAUAAAGUCAACUAACUCUUUUAAAAGCCAUGUGCAAAUUGACAAGUGGCGUGAAAAUAAUAGUCUUCUUUUGUUACCAUUGAUAUUUUCUUCUUUCUCCAAGAAACCUUUCUUAAUAAAGUGCUUACAGCACCUGAUAAGAGAAAUAUGUUAUUUUAAGGUAAAGGCCUAAUUACUCCAUUUUGCCCCCAACUGGCCUCAUAACAAUAUGAUUUUUGUUUUUGCUCUGAUAAUGAAAAAUUAUUGAAAUGUGUAAAUCCCUGUUUGAAUGUUCUCAUUAAAAACCUAAUCUCAUACCUUCUUGACAUCUUUUGGUAUGAGAGAGUGGUUCUGGCAUUCUUACAAAGAAAGUACUGUGUGCCUUGAACAUUGGAACACGGCCAACUCCACUAAACUAGCAUUUUUAGUGAAAUUGUCAGUAUUUAUGAACAUUGAUUCUUUAAUAGAGAAAACAGCUUGUUUCUAGCACAGUUUUUUUAAGAGGGUUACAAUCUAACAUAAGAGCCUCUUGACAUCUCUUUUACCAGUAAUUACCCAAAAAUGCACCCCUAGACAUCAGCAUUUUUGAAGUGAUAACAGUAAGGCCAUUUAUAUACAUAGAACAUAAUUCCCUUAGGAUUGCAAAUAGCUGUCAACAGGUCUUGCUAUAGGCUACAUCCCAGACAGUCUAAAUCCCUGAUAUAGACAACAAAGUCUCUUUCUCUAGGUCUGGAGCAGGGAGCAAAGAUUGAACAUUUCAUGCAUCUUAAUCUAACCAGCAUUUUUUGCAUCUAAUUUUCCCCUCAGAUUCAGAAACAGGAUGUACGCUGGAUGCAAUAGAAACAAGGUGUCUAUAACUUGAAGUAUCUUAUCUGUAAUGCCAAUCUGCAGUGGGGGGUACCCCUUAGGCACAGGGUGCUCGGCACUGAGUUAAAGAAAGAACUAGACUUGCCGAAAGGCAAAUUUAACUGGCCUGCCAUGGCGAUUUUUUGCUGAAGGGAGACAUGGGCUAAAAUAAAACCUUACCAAAUAUAAAACCCAUCUAUACAUGGGGUAGUGAUGAUCAGAAGACGAUAUAUCUAUAACUGAUCUAACCGGAAAUUCCAAACAUUAUUGUGGUUCCAUGCUCAUACAGUGUGACAGGGUCAAUUUUGGUGUUGAAAUACUUUUUAACAGUAAUUUCCUGCUUAUUAAAUAUCACAAGGAAAUAAAGUUUCAGUUUUAUUUCUGUCAGGUAUUGCAUUUAAAGCCCAUCCUAACUAUCCAAAUGAAUAUGUUUCUAUUUGACGAGGCGAUCUACAAAUAGUAUUAUAUUCCUUUCUUUCAAGGAAAGACUUUUCACACGCAGGAGUUAAAACCGUACAUGUACUUUACCUCCUCACAUUUACAGUGUACAAUGUACGUAUUCAGAACACUUUGAGUAAAAUACGGGUCGUGUACAUAAAAAGGUAUGCAUGUUAAAGUGAGCUGUGAACUUUCAAGGUUUAUCGAAACUGGCUAAUGCUACAGCUGAAUGCCAACAUCAAUCAAGCUUGUUGAAUUGGCGAUCAUGCACAAAUUUAAUGAUACAGAUACAAACAAAAGCAAAACCUCUGGGCCACAUUGAGAACAACUGUCUGCUCUAGGAUGCUAAGUCACCAAACCUUGUGCUAGUAAGUUGGUAUUUGAAGCUCCUGGUGAAGCUUUGGGUUCUCGAGGCUUUGCCGCUUAUUUGCGAUCUUGCCAAUGAGGCUAUGAGGUGACCUUCUCAAAGUUCUUGUUUUGUCAGAUGAGUCUUCUUUAUCCUAAUCCGAAUUUUAGACCUCCAAAAAAGCGCAUGUGUUGAAUUAAACUGAAAGAAAUCAGUGUUUAAACAUACUCUUCAAAGAUGCACAAACACACUUUAUGGAUCAGGCAACGCACUCUGGGUUACUAAGUUAAUAAUUGAUAGUGUUCAUUUUUGACAGAGAAAAUCCCUGGGGUGGGGGGUGGGUACUCCGUGACAUUUGCCUUAUAGGUAUUGGUCUGAAAUAGGGUCCACUUUGGAGAGCUGGAUGGCACACCCCCCACCACUAAUUCCCAGGAAUAACCCCCUGGGGAGAAAAUUGAAGGUAUAAACUGGGCCCACUGUGGGCAGCCCAGUUAAAAAUUAUUUUCAGCUUUGUACCAAUCCCAAAAACAACUUGUGAUAUCUAUUUAUAGACACUAAUUUAUUUUGGGGUGCAAGGAAUGGCACAGAAGUGAGAUCACUCGCCUCCCACCAAGGUGGCCCAUGUUAAAUCCCUGCGUUGACAGCACUUGAGCGUUGAUUUUGUUGUUGGUUCUGAUCUCCUUUGCUCUAAGAGGUUUUUCUCUGGUACUCCAGUUCUCCCCUCACCUCAAAAACCAACAUUUCCAAAUUUCAACUAGAUCUGUAAUGCACUGACACUUUUUAACAAGUUCUUCAGAACUCGUAAGUGCAUUGUGAAUUACACUAAUUCCCAGCUUAUUAAUUUUACAGGCUACAGGCUCUGGAGAGAAGUCUCAUCAUAGAGAAUGGAGAAACCUCCUCUGUUGUACAAGAUAUAAAACUGAAAGUUGAUUCUUUCAAACAGAAGUUAGAGGUUCGUGAUGAAAGGUUUUAAUGUUUUCAAAGAGUGUCAACUUUCACUUUUUGUGCUACGAAUUUCAUUGCAGGAAACAUGUACAUGUCAAACUAUGUAUACAGCUGUACAGCUGAAUUCCUUUUUAAACUACGGGUAUAAACUGGUAUGUGCCACAAAACAGGGUAUGGGUCUUGGGUCUUCCUUGUCAGGUAUCUAUUGCUUACAGGGUUCGUACAGAGUCUUGAAUUCUUGAAAACGUCUUGACAUUUGCCCAGCACUUUUCCAGAACUGGAAAAAGUCUGUAAAAUAGAGGUAAAGUCUUGAAAAAAUGGUAAAAAGCCUUGAUUUUUUUUUUAAAGCUACAACAAGUACUUCUCAACCGAAACGUUUUUUGUGUUUGUGAAAUCUUGUUCAGUCUUGCCCGCCUGUCAUGGAAAAAGCUUUGUUCUUGUGUUGUUUUUUUUAAGCUGUCUAUUGAUCACCUAUUUCAAAACCUUGAGUCUGGAAAAAGAAAUUAUUGUUUUGGAAAAAGUCCGGAGAAAAUCUUGAAUUUUGGAUCAAAAAUCUGUUCGAACCUUGUGUUUAUGUUCCAGAGAAAGAAAGCCAUGCAUCUUAGCCCUUUGCAUCCCAAGAGUGACCAACAUCAAUUUUCUCCUAACAACAUCAGCAGAUCAUCAAGAGUAAAGGUUAUGAGAAUUACUAAAUUGAUUACCAAAGGGAAAAUGCUCUGAUCUUUUAUCAAAUUCUCUCAACUAAUUCUUUAAGCAAAUGUAUGGAGAUCAGUUUUGAGAAUUUGUCUGUGGAUAUUUGGAGCUUAAAGGGUUAACAACCUUGCUUUCAUAGUCCUUACUGCAAAUUACAGAUACUAAUUUUUUUCUUUUGAUUUAUGGCCAGCAUGUUCAUGCUUGGGCUAUAAAUUGUUGAACAAAAACUUGGUCUGUAAUUUUCACUUGGUUAAUGAGAGUUAUUGUGUAUUUUUCUUUUUAUAUAGAGUGUAGAACACCUAAGUUGGUUAGGCCUUUCUAAAGAGAUGUCAAGGUACUGUGUGUACUGUUGUAAGAUAGUGGAUUUUAAAGUGAUGUAGUAUUCAUUUAUGUCAUCAUGUCAAAAGAGCCUGUGUUUUACUCUUAAACACAGGACAUAACUAUUCCUGGAGACAUACACUGCACACUGGCAAUCAAACGGCAUGCAAUUGAUUGAGCAAAUAUAAAGUUCAUUUUCGAUAGCCCGUGGCUAGAGAUUUAGCUAUCAGGCUAGUGAAUUCUAUUCUUAACUUGCCCGACAGGCAAAUGAAGUUUUUUUGGGAAUUCAAAUAACAGAAGAACUGUAAUCAGUGUUCUUCAAAAAAUUUUUUGAGGCUAGAUGAAGUGACUUUAAAGGCUGUACAUACUUGCUUGAGCUUGGCCAAAUAAAAGUAACUGACUCUCUUUUCACCUUGUCAAACCUAUCUUUGUCUGCCUUGAACUUCUGUUUUGUCUGAAAAAUUUUAAUGAUUUUUCCCAUUUUUAGUGGUACAUCUAAGAGACCAUCUUCUGAAAAACACAGUUUACGUAAAAGAUCUUCUGGAGAACUCAUUGUUGUACUUGACAAGUUCAAGAAGUUAUCGUAAGUUAAUUUUCUAGUGUGUUAUUUAGAAAAUGUUACCUACGAGCAGAGGUGUCUUUCUGGCAUGACUGUUUAAAGCGCUUUCUCAUCCAUCUACGUUUUAAUCGCAUCUUUCUUUCCUCUUUAGGAAUGCAGAACUCACUGAGCAGACCCGAAAUCUGUUAAGAAAGCCUUCAUUUGAUAACUGGUAUGGAAAAUUUAUUCGCAUUUUCAAAUUUUCUUUGGUAUAUCAGGACUUAAACAAAUCUCCGUCCUAUUUUGGGACAAGUAGCAAGUAACUUUCUUGCUUACUUUGCCAAUGGUUAAAGGCCCAGGUCAAUUAUCUUCUAAACAAAUUUGGAAAAGGAUGCAAUAGCCUUGGCAAGCAAAAUUUGAACCCUUACUUAUUUAAGAACAAGCUAAAAUUCAAUUUUCUUCAAGCCCUGUAUGUGGCAAAAUACAGGAAAUAAUGUGAUGGCUUUGUUAAAAGAAUUCCCAAGAUAACAGUUCAAAUCCAAGCGUCAUUUCAUAAGUAGAACUGGUGGAGUACCAAAUAGGAUUGUUGUUGGCACUAAAUGAUGUCUCGACAACCCGUGCAGUAAAGUCAUGGAAUUAAGACUGCAAAAUUAAUGUGAUUGACAGGUCAUGUUGACAAUGUAGUCAUCUUCAGAGUCAAAUUUAGUUGUAUCUCGUCUGUUGUUGGUUUUAAUCUCUGGUUUAACCUAAGUGUGUGAGUUUCUUUUCUGUAGGUAUUUCACGCAAAGAUUAUACACCUUUUGUCUUUUCAGGCAGUGGGAAGAUGCAGAAAUGCUGUAUUUACUUCAGCAGAUGUUUAUAGACUUAAACUUAAUGGAGAAAUUUCACAUUGAGGUAAUAAACUUGUGUAAUAAAACCUUUGUUCCGUUAGUUAUUGUAAACGACUCGUUUGAAUUUAAGUGGCAGAAAGUGAAUGGUAAUCUACUUUGAGUGGAAAGUUUCCAAGUAAUUCUUCCAGCCAAACAGGCUGUCAGGUGUCACUGCGUUCACACCGCACACGGAACCACCACAACCAUACGAAAAUUUGGACAUUUAACGAUUGAACGGUCCCAUGCAAGCAAAGUGUCUACUAGUCAAAUUUUUCAGCCGGGCGAAAAUCGUCCCGUGCUGUGUGAACACGUGCCCUUCGUUCUAAGAAUAGAACGAUUUUCGUGUGAACUUGAAAUGAAAACGCGCGAACGAAACAGAAACAACAAACGAAAGGACUUAGAGCGAUUUGAUUGGUUUGUCGAACGGUUACAAACGCGCCUGGCUUUUGGUUGGUUUAUCGAACACUCGGGUGAAAAAAACGUCAUGCCCGAGGAACUUUCUAGAAAUCAACCGAUACGUCUCCUUGACGUCAUAGUGCAACACGAUUGGCCAAUCGAACAAUGCAUUCUCCAUGUUAGGGUUUUCUUUGGCGGGGAAACGAAGAGGCUAUAUUUUGGUCUUUCCAUCCAUUGGCUGAUAAAACAAAUAACGAACACUUACCGAAACCAUUUUUCAAGGUCAUAGGAAUGAAAUCGCUCCAUGUUAAUACACGUUCUCAAAGAUAUUUCGUCUUCUGCCGUCCAGUCUUUUUCUGUAAAAAGUCAUCCAAUGUGAUACGCUCUUUUCAUGAUAGUACUGCUCAUCUUUUCGUUGUUAUUUUGUUUUUACUCAAAAAGGCUGCUUUGAAGGGAAGGCUUAUCCCGUCUAUGCUUAUUAUUCCUUAUCUGAUUCUUUCGCAGAAACCCAUCCUUCAAAACUUCUUGUUUGAAGUUUUCAGGAAUUACAAUGCAACUCCUUUCCAUAAUUUUAGACAUGCAUUCUGUGUAACACAAAUGGUAAGAAACGUCGACAUAAUUCUCCUGUUUGUCACUUCUUAAUUCUCCAGUGUGACCACUUUUCGUGACACUUCUUUCGUGACCUUUGGCUGUAACGGAGCCGUGUCACGAAAUUUAUCGGUGUGAGGAAAUAAAAACAACCGAUCAACAGUAAAAGAAGGUAUAUACAACACAGCGUAUACAAAAGAAGGCGCAGAUGGACAAACUUGAAGAAGAUUAUUAUAAAACCGACUGAAAUUUUGUUUUUGAAAACUUGUCCGGCUAACAGUUUUUCAAAGUUCAUUUUGUUUAGUUGUUUGUAAUGUUUGAUAUGUAUUAGUAAUUCAUUCGCCAGCGUUGCAAAACCUGUAAGUUCCAUUGCGAACAAGGACGUGUAAUUGACAUUAUUAAAAACUGAAUCAUUGGAUAAUGCAAUUCCAGAGCUCUGAUUGGCUUAACCAUCGUGGUAUGUGAGCCAUUAUACCAUGCUCUCCAAAUAUGGUAACUGUACGCGUCUGCACCAAAUUAAAACUAGCCUGCGUAGCAAGCGUUUCCGUUUGGUUUCGGAGCAAAAAAAGACCGUGGAAAGGGAUUUUCGGUUAUGACCCCGCGAGAACCAAAAAGCGCCAUUUUUCGCGCGGUCUUUGACUCUAGUUCCUCAUUCUUUGCUCCUAAACCGCACAGAAACGCUUGCUACGCAGGCUAAAUUAAAACUAAGCUCAAAAUCGGUUGUUUUUACAAAUAAAGUCGCGAAGAAUUCUCGAUAUUUUGUGGACGUUUUAAAUAACAAUUAUUCCACUCGCGCUUGUUGGAUAUGAGAUGAUUAUAGCCAGCGCCUCGUUGGCUAUCUACCAUCUCAUAUCCUACGUGCACUCGUGGAAUAAUUGUGAAAUAUCAACUAAAUGAACUAGACAGGCUUGAUUCAGCCCCUGUAAUCUCUGAUCACAAAGCUGCAUAACUUAAUCUUUUCGUUUCAGAUGUAUGGCUUGAUAUGGCUGACGCAAAUACCCAGCAAAGUGCGGGACUGUGAUGUUUUGGUGAUGCUGACGUCUGCUUUGUGUCAUGACUUGGAUCACCCUGGCUACAAUAAUGCCUACCAGGUAAUUUGAUCCUUUUAUACUUCACUUCUACACUGUUCAAUAGCGCGUUGAUUCCUCGUUAGCGUGCGUGCGGAACGUAUGCAAUAAGAGAAAUAGCAGGCUAGUUUCUCGUUGGUUCUUCGAUCGUAGAAAGCGCAAAAAAUCGGAGUGGCAAGGGGUAAGGCUAAUGGCCCCAAAAAAGGUUUCCCGAUUUAGUUCAAUGAUGGUCAACUACAAUUCGGGAUUUCUCGGGUAGCUAGCUGGAUUCUGAAUCAUAAUUAUGAACUAGACACGGUCAGUUUGGGACUCGGCAAGUGUUGUGGUAGUAAGCCCUUAGCCCUCGCACUCAGACGUCUCUUUCUCUAUGAAAACCUGGGCGCAAAGGAGGGCGGGAAGAAGAAAACGGGCGAGACAUCUGGCAGAUUUUUCUCCUUCCUAUGGUCCCUUGCGCUUCGUCACCAGUCACUCGUGUUUCGCGCUCGCCUCUGUGGGAAAAACAAGGCGCCGGAGGUUGCGGAGGAGGCAGACUCGCGCAUGCUUCCUUCGAAGCUUCUUGUUUCCAAGGUGAUUUGCCGCAAGAGGAUGGUGGGUUUGUAAAGGGUAACAGUUACUGACAACAGUGACUGACAGUUAUUGAACCUUGUAGAAAAAAAACUGGUUUAAAAUUUGAAAAUCAGUUCAUCAUGUUUAUAACUUUCUUUUCUUUAAGGUAAAUGCCAGAACAGAGCUUGCCAUACGAUACAACGACAUCUCCCCACUUGAAAACCACCAUUGCGCCGUGGCAUUCGACAUCAUCUCUCAGGUAAAAAAUUGGUAAAUUUGGGUAAGCGUAGCCUUACUCAGUUAGACACGGCUUUGUGUGCCAUGAUGAAGUAAAAUUGGCUUUGAAGUCUUUUAACAUGUUUUUACGAGAAAUGGUGUAAAGGAUGUCUUGUUAUGCACUUAUAGUUCUAUGUAUUCUUUUUCUCUCAUUCCAGCCCCACUGUGACAUCCUCAAAAAUGUUAGCCAAGACGUAUUCAGAACAUUCCGCGAAGGAAUGAUCAAGUGAGUUCUCAAAGACUGAAAUUGAAAACAUGUAAUAAUUAUAAAAAGCUGUAAGAUUGUUGCUGAGUCUUUUCUCUACUCAGUAGUUUUUCUCUCGAUGUUUGAAAAAAUACAAAUGUUAGAUCAAAUCAUAGCUAUUUUUUAAUGUUACGAGACAAUGAAGGUGCGUGGGAUUUGUAGCAGAGGAUUAAAUUUGAGUGCUAGACAUGCUACUAUAGGUUUAGCCUCAUUGAUCACUGAAUACCAGGCCGCUGUCCCUCCACGCUUCUUCGCCGCUAGGGCGUUGUCUCGCGCGAAACGUUCCCAGCGGCGAGGAGAGACAGCUGUAUUCGCAGGCUACUAUAGGUUAGAUGGAGACGUCAUUUAAUUUAGUUGAUUACGUCAUAAGCUGUUGGCCCUGUCUCAUUCAUCCUUCCAUGUCGGUUCGAAAUGUACGUAAAGGACCCAACCCCUAUGUCGUGGCUUCUAUACCUUUCAUGGGUUGUGUGGGGAAAGGAAUUGAUACGAGCCCGCAGUUGCGAGUUGUUGUCUUGUCCUUGUCAAAUCUGAUGAAAGUAACAAAAUUAUGUUAAAAUUAUCUGUUAAAGAGAAUUCGGUAUUAAUCUCUUUUUGCAGAUGUAUUUUGUCCACUGAUAUGGCAAGACACAAUGAGAUCCUAAACAAGUUCAAGGACAUUUUGGCUGAUGGAUUUAGCUUUGAAAACGAGGCACACAAGUCCAUGGUAAGAUAUCUUUUCGGUUGUCCUGGUUACUUGGGGACGUGAGGGAGUACAUGUAAUGGCUUUUGCCGGUAACCGGUCAAUUUGCGCGAAAGUCAUCUCGCCCGAAACCAGAGUUAUGUCGCCCGAAAUUUUAGAUAAGUCGCCCGAAAUUUUACUGAAGAGUGCAUGCAAUAUAUCUCGUAUGAGACGAAACAAGCGGGGUAACUGUGUAACAUAUCUCGUUCCUUAAGCUUUGAUGAAACGAAACAAGCGCGAUAAAUGAGUAAUAUAUCUCGUUCUUUAAGAUUUGAUGAGACGAAACAGCGGCGAUAAAGAUGUUAGGAUGUUGUUGAGAAUAAUAGGAUUUUGGGCGACAUAACUCAGCAUUUCGGGCGAGAUGACUUUCGGACGUCUUGACCGUAAACCCUUUAGCUGGAGUAAAGCAGAGUGUAUUUUGCGGUAAGGGUACGGCCUGACUCCCAUCUCUUGAUUAAUUUCUCUUUUGCAGUUAAUGCAGAUAAUGAUCAAAGUAUCGGAUGUGUCAAAUGAAGCCCGGCCGAUGGAAGUGGCUGAACCGUGGCUGGAUUGUCUCUUGCAAGAGUUCUUUAUUCAGGUUUGUAUUAGCUUUUAAUGGUAAACUUAAAGAAACGGUGUUUGGUAUUUGGAGCGGUUGAAAAUUCGUGCGUUUAGGUGUUCCGUUCACACCAACCUUAGAACCACUUUGGAGCGAUUUCCGGCGUAUGACCUUGAAAACUGGUUUCGGUAAGUGUGCGUUAUUUGUUUUAUCAGCCAAUGUAUGAAAAGAUCAAAACAUGGACUCUUCGUUUUCCCACCAAAGAACACCCUAAUAUGGAGAAGGCAUUGUUCGACUGGCCAAUCGUGUUGCAAUAUGACGUCAAAGCGAAGUAUCGGUUGAUUUCUAGAAAAGUUUUUCGGGCAUGAAGUUUUUUUACCUGAGCGUUUGCUUAACCAACCGAAAGCCACGCGCGUUUGUAUCCGUUCGGUAAACCAAUCAAAUCGCUCUAUUUCCUUUCGUUUGUUUUUUCUGUUUUGUUCGCGCGUUUUCAUUUCAAGAUCAUACAAAAAUCACUCUAUUGAACGGUCCCGUGUGAACGAAGUGUCCGGUCAAAUAUUCAGUUCAGUCGGUUGAAAAUUCGUCCUGUGCCGUGUGAACAUAGCCUUAUAAUGUACCCAGUGCCAAACGCGCGAAAGCAUUCGCAUUCAAUGUUAAACGCGGGAAAAUAUAUGUACCGUCUGCCGAACGCGGGAAAAUAUAUGCUUUGCCUGCCGAGCGCAGGAAAUUAUAUCCACUGUGUGCCAAGCGCGGGAAAAUAUAUGCACAGUCUGCAGAAUACGGGAAUAUAUAUGCAUUGUCAGCCGAGCGUGUGCCAAACGAAAACAUGCACCCAGCGCCAAAUUUGUCAAAUCUUUUUUUUUUUUCCUUCGUGUUUAGAGUGAUGUGGAGAAGCUGGAAGGCUUACCAGUAGCACCAUUCAUGGACAGAGAUAAGGUUCGGUAUUUGUUUUGUGUAAUUCUGGACCAAUCGGUUUAUUUAUUUGACUUAUUUCCUCUACUUAUUUGUUUGCCUGUUUAUUUGAUUGUUUGUAUGCCAUUUCGGCUCUUCCCUCUCGUCUGUAUGUCUCUGUGUCACUUCAGUUUUUGCUUACGUGUGGCUGGCUUUUUACAUAUUCCUUGUGUAUUUUGUCCGUCUCAGGUGACCAAGCCAUCAGCUCAGAUUGGUUUUAUUCGAUUUGUUUUGAUCCCACUAUUUGAAGCACUUGAACAACUCUUUCCAGUUUUGGAGGUACCUUAUACUCAUUUAUAUUAGUUCUUUUCCAUAUCAAUCCAGUUACAUACAAAAUCUGUCUCUGUUUAAGAAAAAUCACUAUAUUCCUGCAAUCAUACACAGAACGUGCAAAUCGCGUUGAAGUUUUUCUACGAAUACACCCAUUCGUUGAUACUAUCCCAGUAAACCCAGUGGCGCACUAAAAUAUUUCUAUCCACGGUUAAGUUUUAAAACUCUGUUAUUGCCGGCUUUUGACACGAGUACAAUUGUUAGGUAAAUUGGGCUCAUGGGUUAGGCUUUGGUAGGUGGGAUGGAUUGAUUCGCAGCACGUAAGGCAAACAAGAGUUACUUUAAGGGCCUGCUUUCAGUCGGGGAUCUUCUCCCAAACGUGUAGGCAAGAAAAUCCACACUAUUUUAUUUACUUAUUCUAGCUUUCACAAGACUGCAAACGAGGCAGGCUUGUAAAGCACUUGAGAAAUAUCUACUUAAGCUGUCUGAUCUUUUGGUCACAGCUCAACACAAUCUCCAUUGUUAUGGGGCAGGGCUACUACCAAAUAAGAGUUUGACUAGAUAGCUAGUUACUCACAAAUACUUAAGUUUCUUAGUGUUUACGUACAAGAAAUUUUAUGCAGUUUGAGUCUAUAAUCUGUGAGGGAGUCACCCUGUUCCUAAAAAGAGCUGAUUUGUCGACAAUAGCGCCCUAAUCUCUUUUUCAAAACACAGUUCCUUCCUCCAACAGUAAAAGAACCAUUCAUUGGCGCCGACUCUUUUACACAGGUAUUCAUGGCGUGCUCUUUGUUCGCUUUCCUCACCAGGAACAUCUUGUGGAGCCUGUUCGAAAAGCCUUGAAUUACUACACUCACAUGGGCAAAACAAUGGAGGAAGAACUUAAAAAAGAGCAAGUGAAAAAACACUCGAGAGAGGAGAACGAAAAGGUUACAACAUUUUCUUUCCCAACUGAUGAUAACUCACCCUCUAAUGUUGUAAUUCUUGUAGUUAGAAAUGAUUCGAAUUUUAAACUCUGUAGACAAGAGACAUAGUCUGUUUUUGUCGACCAGAAAAUUAUAGUUUCUUUGCUCUAAAGGGUGAACAGAAUAAUGCAACAUUGGGAGUUUAAACCAGUCAGCGUAGACACCUUUGGAGAAGACUGUGGUGUUAUCAGGCAAAUGAAAGUUACUGAGCACUGAGUACCUUUGAAAUUCAGUAGUUUCUUAUGUUGUGAAAGUUCGUUCAAACUUUUGGUUUGUGGAUGCAAACAUCAGAAUUACAAACCCCCACACCCUACCGUCUUAACCUCAGUUUUUUAAUAUGAUAUCGUCCACUAACAUUUCUUGCUUAUUCAGGUAGACGUGCAAGAAGAUAAACAAGAUCUGAAAAUUGGGCAUGAAGAUGGAGACUUGAGAGAGGAAAAGGCAGAAACAAUUAAAGCCUUGGAAGAGAAACCAGAAUUAUUAAUAUCAAUUAAAGAAAAAGAGGACUUACAGACCACUGAAAAGGAAAACGUAGGAGUUGUAGAGACGACGAAAGCAAAACAACAAGAAGAAAAACUAGACAACAAGGAGUCCACGAAAGACUGAAAUUGAGCCCAACGUGGGCGCGUUCCCUCUGAGCAGUGGCCCCUUUUUUGAGCCAGAAAACGGCAUUUUUGACCUCGUUCACGAUAGCACAUUUUUUGUGGCCAGUGUUUACGUAGCAAUUUUAUGGUGGAAAGUUGUUUCCCUACACGUCAGGGAUGACUCUGAAAGGCAAAAAUAUUUUCUCAUCUACACGGCCAUAAUUUAAGAAUUGUAGCCUUAAAUUUGCUCAUCGCAUCGCAAGCUUAAGUAACGUUCUAUACCUGAUUUUCUUCAUUGUCCGAAAAUACUCCAAGCGGGAUUUUACAGCGUGGAUAGUCAUUUGCCACAAAAGCGCAUUAAAGCAUCGUUGUUACAUCCUGCGCGA